GAACCACUAAUUGAACUUUUUCUGAAUGAAAAGACAACUCUAAAAUCUAGGCAACCCAAAAGAAAAGUUGUGUAAAAGAAACGUGUAUUAAUUUAAAGUACACGUACACAGCAUGUCGAACAACGAUGUCGCCGUGCCGGCGGCAGACGAAGCGCCGGUGGUUGGUGCCGAGGGUCAACAGCAGCAGCAACAACAACCAACGCGAAUGGAAUCUUUUUUUGCCAUGACCAAAUCUCUGAUUCUGCGGGCGCUAAUCAUUUAUUUUGUAAGUUCAUUCUUCCGGAAACCGCAGCCAAACGCUGGCCAAGACAGUGCUGUGGCCAAUGCCGGGCCGAAAAUAACCGCAUGGAAUUAUUUCGAGAAUGGCACAGACUUUGACUUGCAUGUGUGGCUGUCGGAGCAGCCGGAUGUGGUUAAUUUCCAACAAAAAGCAAAUCUGUUGUGGCUGCAGGAGGACCUCACUUAUGGAGAUUGGAUGUCCGGUCCCACAGGCAAUGGCAUUUACACACACAACCUCAAGAUCAAAGCGAGCCCGCAUUUAAUGAACAAUGGCAGCAUUUAUCUGCAUGCAUUCGUAACGCGUGCCGGAGAAAGUCCCGAUCCUCAAUCCCCGAAAUACUCACGUAAUGGCCACAUGGGCCAUCAGCAGCAUCAGCUGAAUAAGUUUAAGAAGCUACGCGUCAAUCGCAAUUACAAUUUAUUGGCGAGCGAAAAGGAGAAACUGGAGCACGAGCUCAAGCACGCUAAUCUUAAGGAUCAGAUUGUAUCUCACUGGCAUCCCAACCUGACCGUCAACUUGGUGGUUGAUCAGACGAACUGGGCACAGGGCAGUGUCCCGGCUCCCUUGGAUGAGUAUGUGAAGUUCGUGGAUGGCGGCAAGACGUAUUUGCCCAUUGUGUUUGUCAACGAUUACUGGAACUUGCAGCGGGAAUAUCAACCCAUUAACCAAUCUACACCUGAGCUGGAUCUGCACUUGACCUUUCAACCCUUGGGCAUGUUCAAGUGGCAGCUUUAUGCCGCCAAGCAAAUGAAAAGCAAAUGGGCUGGCAAUGUCUUGGGUGAAAUAAUGGCAGCUGGUGCUCCAGAGGAAUCCGACGAGGAUCAAGACUCACUGAAGGAAACUCUGCUGGACACAAACAUUUAUCUGCUGGGUAUCACAGUGGCCGUAUCCAUAUUGCAUUCGGUAUUUGAGCUGCUCGCCUUUAAGAAUGACAUACAGUUUUGGAACAAUCGUCAAUCCCUUGAAGGUCUAUCCGUUCGAUCCGUCUUCUUUGGGGUAUUCCAGUCACUUAUCAUCCUGUUAUAUGUGCUGGAUAAUGAAACGAACUUUAUGAUACGCAUUUCAUGCUUUGUGGGACUCGGCAUUGAGGUGUGGAAAAUCCACAAGGUGGUGAAUGUCAACUACAACAACCAGGAUAAAGUUUUGGGCAUCCUUCCGCGCAUCAGCUUCACGGACAAGGGUUCGUAUUCCGAGAGCUCCACCAAGGAGUAUGACAAAUUGGCAUUUAAAUAUCUGGGCUGGGCUUGUUUCCCACUGCUUAUUGGAUACUUCAUCUAUUCCUUGAUCUAUAAUGAGCACAAGGGCUGGUAUUCCUUUGCUCUGAAUAUGCUGUACAGCUACCUGCUGACCUUUGGAUUCAUUUUGAUGACACCUCAGCUCUUCAUUAACUAUAAACUGAAGUCAGUUGCCCAUCUGCCAUGGCGCAUGAUGACCUACAAAUUCCUUAACACAUUCAUCGACGACAUCUUCGCCUUUGUCAUCAAAAUGCCGACCAUGUACCGUAUUGGAUGCUUCCGCGACGACAUCAUUUUCUUCGUGUUCCUCUAUCAGCGCUGGCAGUAUCGCGUUGAUCUGAAGCGCGUCAAUGAGUUUGGCUUCUCUGGAGAAAUGGAGGAGCAAGCCGCUGGCAAAAAGAACGCUAUUGAAGGCGCCAUUGAGGAUGUGCCCAAGGACAACAGCUCCACAGCUUCAUCUUCCUCCAACAACAAGGCAACGCCAAAUGCGACGCCGACCAAAAAGACAGCUGCACAAAAGAAGAAGGAUUAGAUAGCCCCGUGCAUCCGUAGAAUAUGCAUUAGAACAAUUUAAAAAGAAAACUAAAGAAACCAAGUAUAAUGUUAUAAUCAUAUACUCCAUUUGUGUGUAUGUAUCUUAUGUAUGUAUGUAUAUGCAAAACUAAAUAAUCACUUUCAGUAUACAUAUAGCAACGGUAAAGCAGCCGUAGAAUAGCGAACCUACAUAUAUAUUUUAGUGGUAAUUUGUAUGUGUAUUUUGUUUGUUUUAGGGCCUACAAUGGUCCAUAGCAUUGGCCAUUGAAAUAAAUUCAGUGUGAGAAGUAUAUCUCUUUAA